AUGGCAAUCACUCAGGAAGCCUUGAAAACUAUGAUGGAGCAGCGGAAUGAUACACACGCCCUGUUGGCGCCCUUGAGCAGCACUGUCGACGCAGGAGUUGAUCAGAUUCCGCCCACCAUACCACACGACAAUACGAAUUCUGAGCACCCCGCUGGAUCACCAGUUGCGUCCAUGCUCGAUCUCUUCAGUCCCCAUUACUCUCGAUGGCAGAGAGUCCGUCUGAGAUACAGUGAUGCAUCACCUGGUACAGUUGUUACUGCCUUGCCAUUGCCCAUGAACACCACGUAUCCUUUACUUGAAGAGGUAUACUUGGACAAAGGUAACCUGGCAGUGCUUAUCGACAAAGUCACUCUGCCGGCUUUGAAGGAUCUAUCACUCUCCGAAUUACAUGGAACCUCACCCAACCCCCCUAUACAGCUUGGCCGGUGGCCACAAUCCCAGUUCCUUGCAUUCCUCCUACGUUCAGGUUGCACCAUCAAGCAAUUCAUGAUUCAGGAGCAGUUGACGUAUACCCCAUCAGUUAUCUCGUCAGAAAACGUUCUGUGUCAUGGGGAUGACCAGCUGGCCGACGACACCCCAUCGGAGACUAUCUGUCCAAAUCUCACGACCAUCAGGCUGUGGGGAUGCAUUUCUGCCCAGGAUGGAAAGGUCGCAGAUAUGGUAGAGUCGAGAUGGUUAUCCAGGACCGAAGGUUGCCCCAUCGUGCAACUCAGGACGGCGGCAAUAGGGUUCUUCGCUGACACAUGUCAUACGGAGGAUUGGACUCGCUUGUGGCGAAUACAAGAGUUCCUGUUCAUGGAUCUUGUUGAGUGCGAUGGUAUAUAUGUGUCUGUGCUGUAUACUUAG